AUGGCUUCCCAAUCCCCCACUCCAGCAGCCUUUGGCGCAGUUCCCGAAUUUGAACAACAGCAACAACAACGACAACAAGAGCAAUCUACAUCAGGACUUCGUGCUCUAUCCGCAACAGCCUCUCUCUCGCCCGCCAGUCAAUUCUUGGGACGAGCCAGUGUCAACGUACACCAGCAGCAGAUCAAAUCCGUUCAGCAAGUGAACAGAUUGUUUCCACAGUCUACCGGGUCGUUACUUCCUCCGUCCAGCUCUUAUCGGUACAGUCCUUCGAGCCAGAAGCGUCUCGCGCACCGUCUUUACGCAGCUUCUGUGCCUUCAAAUUCUCCGCUUGCAAACCGUCCUCCGGUUCCUUUGUUUAACAGCACACAAAAUACCCCAAACUAUCAAAAAAAUCAGCACAAACAACAUCAAACACAUCUACAACAGCAUCGCAGAGUCAUGUCUUCAUCCCACAUCCCUCAAGAUUUCUCGCUAGAUCUUUUUGAUCUACCGACACAAAGCCCUCUGCUAGACGACUUGACCUCACCGACCUCGUCUAUGAUGGCAUCUCCACUCCCUGACAGUUUUGGAUAUAUGACGACGUCCUCGGUUCCUGUGCCUCCGGGCACAGUCUCGCCAAUGGACUUGAUGUCUGGUCCUCCGUCGUCAUUUUCUACUGAGCUUGGCACUCCACAAUCCGCAUUCGACUCGCCUGCAGACUUGUCCUUCGGUCAAUUUACAUCACCCGUGUAUGUGGCUGACGGCGAUCUGCCGGCCGAUUCCAAUGACUGGAGUUCGCUUUUCCCAGAUAGCCAUAUUUCUGGUGAAGACUUCGACAUGACACUCGCCACGUUUGCGCAGGAGAAGUCGGGCAAACCCCGUCCUUCUACCGCUAGCAUGUCGGCUGCCUCCCCGGAGUCUUAUACAGAUGGAGAUACUUCGUCCCCCAAGGCGAAAAACAAGCGCAAUCUCCCUGAACCAAAGUUUGAUCCGGCUGACCCGGUCGCCGUCAAGCGUGCCCGAAAUACAAUGGCUGCACGUAAAUCACGACGACGCAAACUAGAGAAGCAGGAGCAGAUGGAAGAUCGGAUCCGAGAGCUCGAGGCAAUGCUAGCCAAGUCCGAAAAGGAUGUACAGUACUGGAAGGCCAUGGCGCAAACCUCGAUGACCGAUGCUUGA